GUGGGGUGGGCUGCGGGGCUCGGCAGGGGGGAGGAGGCUGCGGGCGGCCCGGGGCAGGUUCCACGGGGAGGAGGCGAGAGAGGGAGGGCGCUGGGAGGCUGGGACACGGGCAGGGUGCGGUCCUGGCGGUUCCCGGUCCCGGAUCUCUUCAAUUUCCCCUCUCACUCCUGCCCGGGGAGCCGAGGCAGCGGCGGCUCCGGCUCCGGCUCCAGCCUUGCCGCGCUGACCGCCGAGGCGCAAACCGCGGAGGGCUCCGGCAGCGCCGAGCCCCGCGCCCCGCGCCCCGCAAGCGGCCGCUCGCCUGCCAAAACAAACGGCCCUUCGCUAUUUAUUGCCGCCGCCGGGCCACGGCAGCUCAGAGCGGGCCGACGCCAGCUCGCCGCACCGGGCAGCCGGAGCGCACCCGCGCCGGGCAGCCGCCCCGCCGCGCCCCGCCGCCGCCGCCGGCACCGGCACCUGCCCGCCGGCUGCGCGCCGCAUGGGGAGCCCCGGGCCGGGCGGCGGGAGCGGCGGCCGAGCCUAGCGGGGACCCCGGAGCCACCGGUGCCCCGGGCCGCCCCGGGGCCGCCGGGCGCGCCAUGAAGCCGGCGCGGCUGCUGCUGCUGCUGAGCGGGUGCGCGCUGCUGCUGGCGCCGGCCGUGCGCGGCUGCGGGCCGGGCAGGGUGGUGGGCAGCCGCCGCCGCCCGCCCCGCAAGCUCAUCCCGCUCGCCUACAAGCAGUUCAGCCCCAACGUCCCCGAGAAGACGCUGGGGGCUAGCGGCCGCUACGAGGGCAAGAUCGCGCGUAACUCGGAGCGCUUCAAGGAGCUGACGCCCAACUACAACCCCGACAUCAUCUUCAAGGACGAGGAGAACACUGGCGCCGACCGGCUCAUGACCCAGCGCUGCAAGGACCGUCUGAACUCGCUGGCCAUCUCUGUCAUGAAUCAGUGGCCGGGGGUGAAGCUGAGAGUGACGGAGGGCUGGGAUGAGGACGGGCACCACUCGGAAGAGUCGCUGCAUUAUGAGGGCCGAGCUGUGGACAUCACAACCUCAGACAGGGACCGCAACAAGUAUGGCAUGCUGGCUCGCCUGGCUGUGGAGGCUGGCUUCGACUGGGUCUACUACGAGUCUAAGGCACACAUCCACUGCUCCGUCAAGUCAGAGCACUCGGCCGCUGCGAAGACGGGGGGCUGCUUUCCCGGGCGGGCACUGGCAACGCUGGAGGACGGUGCCCAGACGCCACUGUGGGCACUGCGCCCUGGCCAGCGAGUGCUGGCAAUGGACGGGGCAGGCAGGCCCACCUACAGUGACUUCUUGGCUUUCCUGGACAAGGAGCCCCGUGCCCUCACCGCCUUCCACGUCAUCGAGACCCAGGAGCCGCCCCGGCGCCUGGUGCUGACGCCCACCCACCUGCUCUUUGUGGCAGAGAACGCGUCGGCGCCCACCGCCCACUUCCGUCCCGUCUUUGCCAGCCUUGUGCGCCCGGGACACUUCGUGCUGGUGGCAGCUGGGGGGGGCAGCUUGCAGCCAGCUGAAGUGGUGCGGGUGUGGCACCGGAGAGACGUGGGCGCCUACGCCCCGCUGACACGCCAUGGGACACUGGUGGUGGACGGCGUGGUGGCCUCGUGCUUUGCUCUGGUGCAGGAGCAACAGCUGGCACAGCUGGCCUUCUGGCCACUCCGGCUCUACCACAGCCUGGUGGGGUGGCCAGGGGUGCAGGGGGAUGGUGUGCACUGGUACUCAGGGCUGCUCUACCGCCUGGGCAGGCUGCUCCUGCCCCCUGACAGCUUCCACCCACUGGGGAUAUCCCAGGCGGAGAGCUGAGGGUGCACCACAGCCCCAGCCAGCACAGCUGGUGGAGGUGGUGGCUGCAGGGUGACUCGCUGGGGGCCAGCACCCCCUCCCAAAGCUGGGUGCCCAUGGGGAGCUGCCUCCAGCCCUGCCUGCUUGGGGUACGGCCAGCUCCUGGUUGGGGGGCACCGAAGCUCCAUGGUGUGCCUCCUCCAUGUUCACCACCCCCUCCUCGCCCACCGUUCCUGGGGACAGGAGGGAGGCAUGAAGGGUUUUCCCCCGGGACAGGGGCUGCCCCCUGCUGGAUCCACAUGCUGCUAUGUGUGUGUGUGUGUGUGUAACGUGUAACGUGUGUGUGCGCGUGUGCCUAAUUAGCUGAUGGAGGUCUGAUAGACGAGUGGGAGCAGGAGGAGGAGAGAGCCCUGACUGCUCCAGUGAGGUUCCCAGCCUGUCUGCACCCAGUGGGGAAGUUUUGGGAGAGCGGCCCAGGGCCCUUUGCUAGGCAGCCUGGGUGGGAAGGCAGGCGAUGCUGUUUCCACCCCUGGGACAUGGCAGCUGGAAGGAGGGUGACCCAGGUACUGGGACUGUGCCUUGUCCUUAGCCCAUGUGCAGGGGCACCCUAAACAAGCAGGGGUGGGGGGGUCUGGCACAGCUCUGGCACGAGACCUCCGACUUCGUGACACAAGUUCCACUGGAGUGAUAGACUGGGGAAUGGAUGCCGAGCUCUGCCCAAAGCCAGCACCAGAGCCACCCAGCUGGGCAUGCUGUGGGGCUGCUGUGACAGCGUGGGGCACUCUGGCUGGCAAGAGGGGCUGUGGAGGCAGACACAUGAGCAGAAGGGUGCAAAUGCCAGCCAGGCAUAGACACACUGGUAAGAGCAGGGGUGAGGAGAAUCAGGGCUGCAACCCCAGCCUGCUGGAGCCUGGAUAAAGAGGCAGAGGAGAAAACCUUCCCAGCAUCUGGCCUUGAACUGGCUCUCAGCCCAAAAGCCUUUCCCCACCCCAAAGCUAAAAAAACUCCUCAAGCUUCAGACCCUGGCUGGCCUGACCUCCCCAAGCCCCCAGUACCCCAAACCCUCAGGGUAAUUCGUUGCUGCUCACCCACUCCUGGGACCUGGGGAGAGUCCCAUCAGAGCUGCAGCCACAGUUCCCCCACUCCAAAUCCUAGCUAGAGCCUCAGCCUCCCCUAGCUCCACAUCAGUGGAGGGGAGGGGGCUGAGGGAGGCAGUGACCCAUGUUCCCCCUGUAGCAUCACGCGUCUUUAUUUAUUUAUCUGCUCUUUGUAUGUACCAUAGAUGGGAGGCAGUGUGGGCGCGUGCAGGGUGAGA